AUGGGCGACCUACCAGACCCGCGCCAGAUGGAGGAGGAAGAGCAGAUCGAAGGCAAAAUCAUCAAUGAGGAAUACAAGAUCUGGAAGAAGAAUUCAGUGUUUCUCUAUGAUCUGCUCUAUGGUCGCGCACUCGAAUGGCCAACCCUCACUACACAAUGGCUUCCGGACAAACGACCACUUGAAGACUCAUCACACAUGAGCCAGCAUCGUCUGAUCCUCGGAACGCACACCUCUGGCCAAGCUCAGAACUACCUGCAAAUCGCAACCGUUGAGAUCCCAGACUUCCGUGUACCAGACAAAUCUGAAUAUGAUGAAUCGCGUGGAGAGAUUGGUGGACACGGGUCCGCAAAGAAGCCCUUCGGAUUCCAAAUUGUGCAGAAGAUAAACCACCCCGGAGAAGUAAACAAGGCGCGCUACCAGCCCCAGAACCCCAAUAUCAUCGCAUCGCUAUGUGUGGAUGGGCGGGUGCUGGUCUUCGACAGGACGAAGCACAGCAGUACCCCAAAGGCAGACGGUUCGAUUGAGUUUGAGAUGGAGCUUGUCGGCCACAAAAAGGAGGGUUUUGGUCUGAGCUGGAGCCCGCACAACGAGGGGCAAUUGGCGACUGGAAAUGAGGACACAACCGUCAAGAUUUGGGAUACGAAGACGGGAUUCUCAAAGGGCAACAAGAGGAUCGAGGCUACGUCUACCUACAACCAUCACACCGCUGUUGUAAACGACGUGCAGCACCACCCCGCCCACGCUCAAUGGGUUGGAACUGUCUCAGACGACCUGACCUGGCAAAUUAUCGAUACUCGAAAGCCUGGCGUGGCUAUCAAAGUGAAGGACGACGGACACUGCGAUGCCAUAAACUGUCUCGCAUUCCACCCCAAGUUCGAUGUUAGCCUUGCAACUGGCUCUGCUGACAAGACCAUCGCCCUUUGGGACUUGCGCAACUAUGACCACAAGAUCCACUCUCUCGAAGGCCACCAAGACCCUGUCGUCAACCUAGAGUGGCACCCACACGAAGAUGCAAUUCUGGCCAGCUCGAGCUACGACCGCCGUAUCUGCAUGUGGGACGUCAGCAUGAUCGGAGAAGAGCAGACCGAAGAAGAAGCUGAAGACGGUCCACCAGAACUCCUCUUCAUGCACGGUGGCUUCACAAACCGCAUCUGCGACUUCAGCUGGAACAAGAACGACCCCUGGGUGAUGCUGGCCGCCGCCGAGGACAACCAACUGCAAAUCUUCCGCCCAGCCCGCGCCAUCGUCAACGUGGAGACAAAGAAGGUGAAUCAUGGAGACGUGUCUGAAUAG